GUAAAAGUUUGAACCAUUCCAAAUUUCCAACUGAUCAAAGAAAUUGAAAAACAAUAAUAACAAAAAGCAAAACCCCACGUCUUUAACAAACCAACAAGAACAAUUAAAGGACGUCGUCAAACCACAUUCUUUCCCCUUUGCUUUUCCCUUUGUUUAAUUUUAGUUUCUUCUUCUUCUUCCUCUCCGAUUGUGAUCAAUAUCAGUAGCCCCAUGCCCACGAUGACUAGCAGCAUCCAAUCGGCCGACCAACUGAAGCAACUGAAAGACAUAUUCAUGCGCUUCGACAUGGAUUCCGAUGGCAGCCUCACGCAUCUUGAGUUGGCCGCUCUCUUGCGCUCCCUGGGGCUCAAGCCAAGCGGAGAUCAAAUUCAUAUUUUGCUAGCCAACAUGGAUGCUAAUGGGAAUGGUUACGUGGAGUUUGAUGAAUUGGUCAGCGCCAUAAUGCCCGACAUGAGCGAGCAAAUAUUGAUCAACCAGGCGCAGCUGUUGGAGGUUUUCCGGUCAUUUGACCGGGAUGGAAAUGGAUUCAUUACCGCGGCAGAACUUGCAGGGUCCAUGGCCAAGAUGGGGCAUCCUUUGACGUACCGUGAACUUUCGGAGAUGAUGAGAGAGGCUGAUUCCAACGGAGAUGGCGUUUUAAGUUUCAAUGAAUUUGCAAAUAUCAUGGCAAAAUCGGCAGCCGAUUUUCUUGGCCUCAAACUUUAGCAUAGCAUAACAUAGCUAAAAUAAUUAAUGAAUUUCUAUCAUUAGUCUGAUUUUGUUGCUUUUCUGUGAAUAUUAUUAUGUAUCAGUAGCAACAGGGGAUGAUCGAUAGAAAUUGGAAUUAACAUAGUAUAUGCAUAUGCAUGCAUGAUUCAAUCCAAUGACUUCAUUUCAAUUC